AUGCCUUCAUCAGAGAUCCAACGAGACCCAAAAUCAACGUCAAAUACCCCAAAGAGAGUGAUAGGUUAUGAUCCGGCCGACCCACCAUGUAAAUUGUUCAGUAUCACCCAAUAUCAAUGUACACCCCUUGGAGGCAGAGUUACCUGUUGGCCUCUGGAAAGGAUAUUCAGACAGUGCGGUGAAGGUAAGCCUUCAAUCGAAGUUACCAAUAGACUGAAAUCGAAAAGGGAUGAAGAGGCUUUAGUGGUCGAUCCAAAGUUCAUCGAGAAUCCACCAAAGGCAAGGAAUUGGAAUGACUAUCGAGGUGCUUAG